AUGCAUCGUUUUUGCAAUUUCGUCUCUCGGUCAAAAUUGUCAAAAUGGAAUGUUAAGAAACUUCGCCAACCAUCCCACCUAGGGGCUUCUCUUUCGACUAUGAGGUUCUUUACUAUCAGUGUGGAUAGUGGGAUACCAACCAAGAACAACUUCGAACAAGAUUGCCUCCUCAAACAUCAGGGUCGGAUCCAUCUUCCACCCAAAAAGUUCGAGAGAGUUCCAGCAGAACAAGGCCUGCUCUGUGAAAUGUUACCAAAUACCCCCAAGAUGAUCUCCAGGAAACUAUCAGCGGAAAAAUGGAAUAAACACAUUGAUAAACAUUCGGGUGAAUCAUUUAUUACAAACAAUCCGGAGCCGUUCGAUCGUCAAAGCGAAGUACUGUUCAAACUCGCUCACGAUUUUGCGGAAAUGAAAACAGCAUGGCAGAAAGAAAGAGGGGAAAUCAAUAUAGGAGAGUUUAUCAAGGCCAAACAAUUCCUUUCUAGACUAUCGUGCAAAGGAAUUGCGAAUUCUCGGAUGCCAUUAUCACCACAAGAGGAGACACUUGCAGAGGAGCGAAACAGGAAUGCUCACAGGCUUGAUUUGCUGAUAUCAAUCAAGCAAGUCACCAAGUACGGGCACUUGAAUUAUGGUCUGAUUUUCCAGGCCCUCUAUGGAAUUUCUCUGGAGGAAGUCAAGCAUCUGUUGGAAAUGGACAAACGCUGCAAUGGAAUGUUUCAAGUGGAGAGUAUUGUGGAAUGCCAUGGAACGCUUUAUGCUCGACAGAUACCCAGCAGAUUUCUCCAACCAUUCAAACAAUGGUUGGGAGGAGUUCGAAAGGUGAAAUCUCAGAUCGAUGAUAUAGUCGCCUGUCAAGGACACACUGCGACUACAUGUUCGGCGUUGAUUUCUAGGGUUGAUGACAAACUUCUCCAAGAAGUCGAAAGAUUAAGUCAGAUUUGCAAAGAGACGUAUGAGAGUGACAACAGCCACCCAGCCAAGAGGACCAAGCACCACGACGAAGCAAUAACAAGGGAUUUGAAAGAAAGGGGGCUACUGUCAAAGUUUAGGGUGAUCUAG